AUGACUGAUGAACCUGGUAUUAGUAAACGUCAUACCUCUACAGGUCAAAAUGCAAAGAAAAAAGAAAACAUUCGAGUUUUUGUUCAACGAAAACGUUUACCCUAUGUUACGCACACGAAACCAAAUACCAUCGAACAAUUAACAUCAAUUAUAGAAAAACAUUUGAAUGCCAACAAAAAAAUUGCUCGAAACAACAAAAAUAUUAUUGUUGUUAAUUAUAAACCGGUUUAUAUGAAUAAUCGCCAACAAAAAUCGACCGAACCGAAACCAUUAGGAACAUUACCAGCAUCAAAAGAUAAUAUUUCAGCGGCAACUCAAAAUGAUCAAACAACCAAAAUGACACCGAUAACAAAUAGAUCACGUCUUUUAAAUCCGCCACCAUUUUCAGUAGACGUACCUGAUGUUGAAGAUCCAUUAGUAUUUAUUGAAAUGAUGUAUCAACAAUUAUUUACUGACGAUGGUCAAUUACGUAGUGGAGCUCAGCCAACAAAAUUAGCCAAUUGUGUUAAAGAAAUCGUAACACAAUCAAGAAGCAAUUCAAUCGUACACAAAGAUUCCUUAACACCAGCACGUAUACAUCAUGAGAAACGUGUAUUGACACCAGUCGAUCCUUCGAUGAUGUCAUCGAAACGAACAUCGCUAUCAUCGCCAUGUUUCUUAGCGAAUACAUUGAAUAAAGGCGAUGCAGAAAAGCAAGUAGACGAUGACGACGACGACUUCUACGCAUUGUUGCAAGCAACUAGAACUCCGAAUGCAUCUCGAAGAAGUUCAAAUCAAUCAAGUCUCGGUAACGCAGAAGUUCAUUUACAACAACUUCAUGCAUUUGUCAAUUCCUACUGUCACAAUGACCAGCGACAAGCAAAAAAUCGAAUUCGAAAUGAUCGCUUCUCUGCUGACGAUACUGAUAAUGAGGAUUUUGAUGGUUUUUCGGAUUUCAAUUCCUAUCGUAGAACAAUGCGCACAUCAUUACCAGCAAGUAUCGAUGAAGACAUGACUCAUACGGAUUCGAAACUUUUGUCUUCAUCUGGUUAUCAAUCAUUACAAUCAAGAAAACGAGUGAGCCAUAAAAUGCCUGUAGAAAUCGAUCCUCACUAUUGUUCACAUUGCAUACGUACACCAACAAUAACCAUCAUUCCGCCAACGAAAUCAUUGAGUUUGAUGCAACCAUUGCGAGAUAUGGCCACGAAUUUUUUUCAUUUUGUUAUUGUUUCGAAAAAUAUUCUUCUUCUACCUUUAUGCAUUUUUCUUCUACGCCAACGAUCAAUCAUUGUCCAAUGA